AAGGAGAGGUUGCAGUCAGAGUUGAGUGAGUGUAAAGAUGAGGAGAAGAGGAGAGAACUGCAGGAGAGGUUAAAAGAGUAUGAUGAGGAGUCAGAGACACUGGAAAGAUUGCAGGAAAUAAUGAGGAGGAAGGAGGGGUUGCAGUCAGAGUUGAGGCAGUGUAAAGAUGAGGAGAAGAGGAGAGAACUGCAGGAGAGGUUAAAAGAGUACAAUGAGGAGUCAGAGUCACUGGAAAGACUGCUGGAAAUAAUGUCAGAGUUGGAGAAGUGUAAAGAUGAGGAGAAGAGGAGAGAACUGGAGAAGAAGAAGAGAGAGUGUGAUGAGGUUUCAAAGAAACAAGAGACAGAACAGAGUUAAGGAGAUCCCUGAUGAUAUUUC